UGUUGUUGAGGCUGAGGGCUGACUUGGGUUCUGAGAGACUCCCUGUCCCGGACCGCAGUGUUAAAAGGACCUGAACAGUCUACUCUAACCUCUUGCUGUGAACCAGCAGAGCUUUUGAACAGGUUUCUUCACAUAUAGAAUUCUUUGUAAAAAUACGGAGAAGAAUGGCAGCAGAAACUCAGACACUGAACUUUGGGCCUGAAUGGCUCCGAGCUCUGUCCAGUGGUGGGAGUAUCACAUCCCCUCCUCUUUCUCCAGCACUGCCGAAGUAUAAAUUAGCUGAUUAUCGCUAUGGCAGAGAAGAAAUGUUAGCACUUUUCCUUAAAGACAACAAGAUACCUUCAGAUCUUCUGGAUAAAGAAUUUCUACCUAUCCUGCAGGAGGAGCCCCUGCCACCAUUGGCUCUAGUACCCUUUACAGAAGAAGAGCAGAGAAACUUUUCCAUGUCUGUAAAUAGUGCUGCUGUCCUGCGAUUGACAGGACGAGGAGGAGGCGGCACCGUGGUGGGGGCUCCUCGAGGGCGAAGUUCUUCAAGAGGCCGAGGUAGAGGUAGAGGUGAAUGUGGUUUCUACCAAAGAAGUUUUGAUGAAGUAGAGGGUGUGUUUGGUCGAGGAGGUGGCAGAGAAAUGCAUAGAUCACAGAGCUGGGAGGAAAGGGGUGAUAGACGUUUUGAAAAACCAGGGCGAAAAGAUAUAGUGAGACCAAAUUUUGAGGAAAGUGGACCAACAUCAGUGGGGAGAAAGCAUGAAUUUAUACGGUCAGAAAGUGAAAAUUGGAGAAUUUUUAGAGAGGAACAAAAUGGAGAAGAUGAAGAUGGAGGCUGGAGAUUAGCUGGAUCAAGAAGGGAUGGAGAGCGGUGGCGGCCCCACAGCCCUGAUGGCCCUCGCUCUUCAGGCUGGCGGGAGCACAUGGAACGCCGUCGGAGGUUUGAGUUUGAUUUUCGAGAUCGAGAUGAUGAGCGGGGUUAUCGAAGGGUGCGCUCUGGCAGUGGGAGUAUGGAUGAUGACAGGGAUAGCUUACCGGAAUGGUGCUUAGAGGAUGCUGAAGAAGAAAUGGGUACAUUUGAUUCAUCUGGAGCAUUCCUUUCUCUAAAAAAAGUACAGAAAGAGCCUAUUCCUGAAGAGCAGGAGAUGGAUUUCCGGCCUGUGGAGGAAGGGGAGGAGUGCUCUGAUUCUGAGGGUAGCCAUAAUGAAGAGGCCAAAGAACCUGAUAAGACAAAUAAGAAAGAUGGAGAGAAAACAGACAGAGUAGCAGUUGAAGCCAGUGAGGAAACACCCCAAACUUCAUCUGCUAGACCAGGGUCUCCUUCAGACCAUAAGCCUCAGGAAGCACCACAGUGUGAGAGGAAAGAUGAACCAAAAACGGAACAGAUAGAAAAAGCUGAAGAGGAGAGUCGGACAGAAAACAGUUUACCAGCCAAAGUGCCCAGCAGAGGGGAUGAAAUGGUUCCUGAUGUCCAGCAGCCCCUGACACAGCUCCCUUCAGACACAGCUUCUCCUCUUCUCAUCCUUCCACCUCCUGUUUCCACUCCUAGUCCUGCCCUGCAGCCAGUUGAGCAACCUGUUGUUGGCGCUCCUGGUAUGGGCAGUGUUUCUACAGAGCCAGAUGAUGAAGAGGGUCUCAAACACUUGGAACAGCAAGCUGAGAAGAUGGUGGCUUAUCUCCAAGACAGUGCACUAGACGAUGAGAGACUAGCAUCAAAACUGCAAGAACAUAGAGCUAAAGGAGUGUCAAUUCCAUUGAUGCAUGAAGCAAUGCAGAAAUGGUAUUAUAAAGAUCCUCAGGGAGAAAUUCAAGGUCCCUUCAAUAAUCAGGAGAUGGCAGAAUGGUUUCAGGCAGGCUAUUUUACAAUGUCUUUGCUUGUGAAGAGAGCAUGUGAUGAAAGCUUCCAGCCUCUUGGUGACAUAAUGAAAAUGUGGGGAAGGGUUCCUUUCUCCCCAGGUCCAGCUCCCCCUCCUCAUAUGGGGGAAUUGGACCAGGAACGUCUGGCCAGGCAACAGGAACUCAGCACCUUAUACCACAUGCAACACCUUCAGUAUCAGCAGUUCUUAAUACAACAACAGUAUGCACAGGUUUUGAAUCAACAGCAGAAAGCAGCUUUGCCAUCCCAGCAUCAGCAACAGCUAGCUCUUCUUCUCCAGCAAUUCCAGGCCCUGAAGAUGAGAAUAUCUGAUCAGAACCUCAUUCCCUCAGUAACGAGGUCUGUCUCGGUGCCAGAUACUAGCUCUAUAUGGGAGCUUCAGCCAGCUGCUUCACAACCCACAGUUUGGGAAGGCAGUAGUGUAUGGGAUCUUCCCCUGGACACUACAACACCAGGCCCUGCCCUAGAACAGCUUCAGCAGCUGGAGAAGGCCAAAGCUGCAAAGCUAGAGCAGGAGAGAAGAGAGGCAGAAAUGAGGGCAAAACGGGAAGAGGAGGAACGAAAGAGGCAAGAAGAGCUCCGUAGGCAACAGGAAGAAAUGCUUCGGAGGCAGCAGGAGGAAGAGAGGAAACGGCGGGAGGAGGAAGAGCUUGCCCGAAGGAAACAGGAAGAGGCUCUGCGACGCCAAAGAGAGCAAGAACUCGCAUUACGGCGUCAGCGAGAAGAGGAGGAGAGACAGCAGCAAGAAGAAGCUCUUAGAAGACUGGAGGAGAGGAGGAGAGAAGAGGAGGAGAGGCGGAAGCAGGAAGAGUUGUUACGAAAGCAGGAAGAGGAGGCUGCCAAAUGGGCCCGGGAGGAAGAAGAGGCUCAGCGUCGAUUAGAAGAGAACAGGCUGCGGAUGGAAGAGGAAGCAGCCAGACUCCGGCAUGAGGAGGAGGAGCGGAAGAGGAAGGAGCUGGAGCUGCAGCGGCAGAAGGAACUGAUACGCCAGAGGCAGCAGCAGCAAGAGGCCCUCCGGAGAUUGCAGCAGCAGCAGCAGCAGCAACAGUUGGCACAGAUGAAGCUUCCCUCUUCAUCAACAUGGGGCCAACAGUCUAAUACAACGCCAUGUCAGUCCCAAGCCACCCUGUCAUUGGCUGAAAUCCAAAAGUUGGAGGAAGAAAGAGAACGGCAGCUUCGAGAAGAGCAAAGGCGUCAGCAGAGAGAAUUGAUGAAAGCUCUCCAGCAGCAGCAACAGCAGCAACAGCAGAAACUCUCAGGUUGGGGGAAUGUCAGCAAGCCUGCAGGUUCCACAAAGUCUCUUUUGGAGAUCCAGCAGGAAGAGGCCAGGCAGAUGCAGAAGCAGCAGCAGCAGCAGCAGCACCAGCAACCAAACAGAGCCCGGAAUAAUGCACAUUCCAACCUGCAUACCAGCAUUGGAAAUUCUGUUUGGGGCUCUAUAAAUUCUGGUCCUCCUAACCAGUGGGCCUCUGACCUGGUCAGUAGUAUCUGGAGUAAUGCUGACUCUAAAAACUCCAACAUGGGAUUCUGGGAUGAUGCCGUAAAAGAAGUGGGACCUAGGAAUUCAACAAAUAAAAAUAAAAACUCCAGUCUCAGUAAAUCUGUAGGUGUGUCUAACCGGCAGAAUAAGAAAGUAGAAGAAGAAGAAAAGUUGCUGAAGCUCUUUCAGGGAGUAAAUAAAGCCCAAGAUGGAUUUACCCAGUGGUGUGAACAGAUGCUUCAUGCCCUUAAUACGGCAAAUAACUUGGAUGUUCCCACAUUUGUUUCUUUUUUGAAAGAAGUCGAAUCUCCUUAUGAGGUCCAUGAUUAUAUCAGGGCCUAUUUAGGAGACACUUCUGAGGCCAAGGAGUUUGCCAAGCAGUUCCUUGAGCGUCGUGCCAAACAGAAAGCCAACCAGCAGCGUCAGCAGCAGCAGCAGCAGCAGCAGCAGCAACAGCAACAGCAGCAGCAGCAGCAGCAGCAGCAACAACAGGGCUCUGUGUGGGGGAUGAAUCACAGUACACUCCAUUCAGUAUUUCAGACCAAUCAAAGCAACAACCAACAAUCCAACUUUGAGGCUGUGCAAAGCGGCAAGAAGAAGAAAAAGCAGAAGAUGGUUCGAGCAGAUCCCAGUUUACUAGGGUUUUCCGUCAACGCGUCAUCAGAGCGACUCAACAUGGGCGAGAUUGAGACUCUGGAUGACUACUGAGCCCGCUGCUGCCCCACCCUCUCUCUCUGCCCGCCAACCACACGCUCUCCACUUGGACACAUCAUGCACUCGUCAUUUGCUCUCUGUCACUCUGCAACAAAUCACAGAAUCGAUCAUCUCAGGCUUUUUCUCCUAGCCCUUUGUGUCCAAGAUUCUUUAAAUCAAUUUUGUUGGUGAGCCCCUCAGACUGUACGUAGUGGGCCAAACCCUGUGUCUCAGGGUGGCAGCUGGGAUUUGCUCCCCAACAAGGCUGAUGUUGGCAGCACAUGGUCGCUGUGCCGUGGUUUCAUCUGCUGUCUCCAGAAAGUGUGUUGGGAUCUGCUAAUAGCAGCUUACUUUCCCUUACCACUUUUUUUCCUUCUGUUUUGUUUUUUCUUCUUCUUUUCUCCCCCUGUAAGGGCAGGAGGUCUAAUGGUGCAAUCAUGAAGAGAGUCAAUGGUAACUGACAGUGGCCAGCAACACAGUGUCCCAUGGACUGUGACUUGGGUAUCAGCAGAGACAGUCCAAGCUCUCCAUCUGGUUGUAUUGCCACUGCUAACUUCGGGAUUGCAUCAAAGAGACCCCCAGUGGAGGGGGGUGGAGGGUGGAUUGGUUUUGGUGGUGCACAUCCGUCGCCUGCUCUUUCUGAACACCCUUUCGGAGAAAGGAUUCAUGUUUUCUUCAUUAGAUAGUGACUUGCAAACAAGCUGACUUCUCCCCUGGCGUGCUCCAACCUUACGGGACAAAAGAAACCCUGUGGCCUGGGAGAGAGACUUAUUCUUAAUUUUUCUUUCUUAUAAAAACUGAUUUUUUUUCCCAUAAAUAUUUUUACUUCAGAGGACUAGGACCAGUUUGUUUUGGGCCCUUCUGUGAAAAUUUGUCUCGUUUAAGAGACAGCUAGGAUCUUUACCAUAUGUAUGAAUUUGUAUAAUUUCAUUUUGGAUAGGGAUAAACUUUUGCUUCCGAUAAAAGCCCGGAAUUUCAUCUGGUUCCUCAGA